AUGAAGAAUCCUAGUCUGAGGGAAUUUAAGUACCCAGGAGCUAAGGGAUCUCGCCAGAAUGACGUCCUAGGGCUUUGUGAAUUGCCCAUCUGCGAUGCCCCUGGACACGUCCUCAAGCGCCCCGUGUUUUUCCUUGCAGAUGUGUGCAAGAAGGGAGUCAUCACCGUGAGUCCCGCCCAGACGGUUCUGCUUGGGGCCACGGUCAAUAUUUCCUGCUUCUUGAAGCCCAAACAAGGCUGUUCUCGCCCCUCCGACUUCCAAAAGCUAACCUUCUACCGGAACCGCAUUCGGCUGAGCUCCCUGAAGAGCCACGUGCUCAGCGUCCUGGUCUCCGAUCUCCAGCUCGGAACCACCGUGUUCGUGUGCAAGCUCUCCUGCGGCGGCGGGAGGGAGAGCCAGGUGUGCGGGGCCGACGUCUCCGUGGGCGUCACUCCCGAGCAGCCCCAAAACCUGUCCUGCAGCCAGUUGGGAGAGCAGGGGCAUGUGAUCUGCACCUGGGAUAAAGGAAGAGACACCCACCUGUACACCGUAUACACCCUUCAAUUGACGGGGCCAAACAAUUUAAAUCUGGAGAAGCGCUGCGCUCCGGACCUUGAGGAGUUGGAUCUUGGAAUAAGCCUGAGUCCGGCUUCUCCCGAAGCCAGUUACACAGCCAGAGUUGUGGCCGAGAACAGCCUGGGGAAUUCCUCCUCCCUCCCGUUGGCGUUCUCCUUUGUGGAUGUAGUGAAGCCUCUUCCUCCAAGUGACAUCAAAGCUGACUUUCCCAAACUGUUGGCCAACUUCUGUACUUUGCAGUGGCAGGAUGAAGGGUCAGUGGUGCUGAAUCGCCUCCAAUUCCGACCAAUCCAUGAGAGAGCCUGGGAAAUGGUUCAUGUUACCAAUGCUGGAGGAAGAUAUGAUCUGUACAACUUGAAACCAUUUACAGAGUAUGAAUUUCAGAUUUCCUCCAAGCUACAUUCUGUCAAAGGAAGAUGGAGUGAUUGGAGUAAAGUACUGAGGACUCAGACUCCAGAAAAAGAACCUGUUGGAACGUUAGACGUGUGGUACACAGUGGAGGACCUGGAAGGCGACCUACAAAACAUUUCUCUGUUUUGGAAGAAGCUGAGUGUGUCUGAAGCAAAGGGAGACAUCCUUGGGUACCAGGUGACUGUCCGGGAGGUGAACAGGAACGGUUCAGCUGUACCCUCUGCCCUGGAGGACUUUACCCAGCACACUCACUAUUCGGUGGUUGUGCCCCCAAAGGACCACGCAGUGGCUGUUUCCGCAAAGAACGCCAAAGGAAGGACGUCUCCCACUUGGACCUUCGUCUCCCGUCGGCCCCACCAAGCUCCUCGAAAUGUCGUGGCUCAGUCUCAGGGGACAGCCGGCAUCAGGGUGACUUGGGAACCUCCUGGAGAAGCUGCCGGCUCCAUCAAGGAGUAUUUGGUGGAAUGGAGAGAGCCCGGCCUGGGCCGCAGCGGCGCAUCUCCUCCCGUGGACUGGCUCCGACUCCCCACCCUCAGCACGUCGGCCGUGAUCUCGGAACACGUCAAGCCCCACCUGUGCUAUCAGAUCCGCCUCUGUGCCCUGUGGGGGACUGGAGUGGGCUGUAGCCGCACCUGGGCUAACUUGAGCAGCAGAGAGCCCCUGAGCGGCCCCCUUGUCCACAGCGCCACAGGGGGGAGGGGAGCAGCGUCCCUCACCUGGACCGAAAUCCCGCCUCGGGAACACAGGGGCUGCCUCCUGCGCUACAGCAUCUACCUGCGGGAAGCGGGCUCCGCCUCUGCGCCGCGCAUCUUGGAAAUACCCUAUGAGGUGGCAAACACUUCAGUGGUGAUCAGAGAUCUCUCCCCAGGAGUCACUUAUGUGUUGUGGAUGACAGCUUCCACGGCUGCAGGAGAGGGGCCCCGAGGGAAUGAGAGGGAGCUUUUCCUGGAAGGUGCUUUUCACUGGCACAUCCUGGUGGUGCUGACCGCCGCGGCGCUCAUCACAGUGGGGAUCUUCUUCGUGCCUCGGGCUCGAGCAAAAGUGAAGUCCAUCAUCUCUGCCCUCCAGCCCCAGUGGUACAACCAAGAGAUUCCCGACCCCGCAAACAGCACGUGGGCCAAGAAGCACUGCCUGGUGGAGGAGGAAAUGCAGUUCCAUUUGGACAGUUUUUCUAACAGCUGGACCAGUUCUGAAGAACCUGAAACUCUUGAAAUCAAAGAAGUUCUUCAAAAAGCAGCCCCAACCCUCUGGGAGACAGAAUCCUCUUGUUGGCCCAAAACCCACAAUUUCCACGAGCCAGCCAGAAAAAGUUCUCCUUGGGCUCCAAAACCCAUUGAAAAUGGGGUAGAAUACGGUGUCUCCCACUCUUCAAUACCAGGAUCACACCCGGCUGAGAAGGGCCAAGUGGUCGACCUGUACAAGGCGAUGGGAUGUGGGGGGCCAAAGGCAGAAGAUCCACCCGUCCAGCUUCGGGACAUCCCAGUGGACUACCUGCCUGCCAACAUGGAUUACCUGCCUUCGAACCUGGAUUACCUGCCUUCCAUCGCUGCGGACCCUCUAGAAGACAGCGAACUGCAUGGUCUGUCUUUCUCCGUCUUCCCAAAGGGCUCUUUCCCCCCACUCAUCUGUGGAGAGAAGCUGACUCUGGACAGAGUGAAGAUCGACUCCGGGUCCAUUACUCACUAACUGGCCCUCUGCCCCAGACUUCCUUGGAUGCUGCAUCCUGGGGCCUUGAACAGAACAGCAGAUCCUCCCAGGGGGACGGCUCAGCACCCAGACCAAGGGGCUUUCCCAGCCGGACACCAUCCAACAUUUCACCUCCAGAGUUUGCAGAAGGUACCGAUUCUUUUUAAACCUCCAGAGGGUAGGAACUAUACCUCUGAUCACUUUUGUGCCCACAGUAGUCGAGGGAUUUAAUGAGCUAAGAUUUUUCUGAUUUGCCUUCUUCUCCCAAAAAGCUUUAGAAGGAACAAUUAAAUCUACUUGGUUCUAGAAAUAAUAUGAUUGCUCAUCCUUUGAGUGAUUAGAAAAAAAUAAACUAAUAAAGUUAUGACAGAAUACUGUGCAAUGAAGAAUAGGAGGAGUGCGAGAAACGGGGGAAGAUUUGUAGGAACUGUUGCAGAAUGAAAAGAGCAGCAAUCUACCGAGUUACUGUCAUACCAAAGAUGAGAAAGAUUGGGCAAAAAUCCUGAGAAAUCCUAGAAGAGAGACAUAGAAUCUAUCUCCUUCAGAGCCCAGAGGUGGAGGACCACAGGGACACAAUACAGCAUUUUCAGAAGACGACAGUUUUGUUUAAUCCUUUUCCUUUGUUCCGAGGUGGGAAGAAGGAUCUUCUGGAGAAGGACGAUGAGAAAUGAUGUAAGGGUAAUCUUUCAGGGCAUGAGGAAAGGUCAUUUUAAAAUGCUGGAUAAUUUGUAAAAUAAAAAUUUGCCACAA